AUGGAGUCGCCACGGGCCAACGAAGAAGCCUUGAAAGUCAUUCUUACCAAGCUGUAUCGCCUAGAGACAGCCUUCAACGAGACCAAUAAUCGACUCAGCACCAUCGAGCAUUCAGUAGUGUCUGAUGCGGGUGGCAGCUCGGUUGCCAGAGCUUUCGGCAGCUUGUCGUUGGCUUCCUGCUCCUGCGCUUCCUGCGUCGUUCCCCAGCCAGUCCACCAAAACGUUCACAGGGAGACCUGUAGGCGACACCCGGAAGCUGCGGCAUAUAAGGCCUCUGUGGGCAAACUCCGCGAGCAAUUCGAUCUUGAUGUCGACACUGAGUUAGCUUCUGCCAAUCACGAAGAGGAUCCUGUCUACGCUCACGAUGAUGAGGACCAAAGCAAGAUAGCCAACAAUCUACUCCCAAAGUCCCGCCUCUACGAUAUGAAGACACUGCUCCACGUGCAGGACCGAUGA